GAAGAACGGCGACAAAAAAUCAUCAAUCGACACUUUAUAUUCAGAUAUACAACAAAUCUUAGUGAAUUUAAUUAUGUAUCAACAUAAAUUUCAUAAUUUGUCAUAUUUGUUGCUGUUCUGGACAAUGCCAGCAAUUUCUUCAUCGUUGGAUAGAAAACUUCCAAAGUUAAUUCUUAUUUCUAUGGAUGGUUUUAGGUACAAUUAUUUAGAUAAUGUUCCUUCGGAAAAGAUAACUAAUUUCACCAAUCUCAUUGAAAAUGGCGUGAAAGCAAAAUAUCUUGAAAAUGUCUACCCAACAGUUACAUAUCCAAACCACAUGACAUUAGUGACAGGACUUUAUCCGGAAAGCCAUGGUGUGAUUCAUAACAGAUUUUGGGAUCCAUACCUAGAAGAUGGAUUUUCGUUGACCGAUUUCAGACGGAAUUUCGAAUCAAAGUGGUUCGACACCGGCGCAGAACCAAUAUGGGUAACUAAUUUCAAAGCCGGGUCAUCAAGAGACAGUGGUGUUAUUUUGUGGCCAGCUGGUGUGGCACAAAUAAAGUCAUACAUGCCACGUGUUAUACCGGCAGGCGACGAUUACAAUGACACUGAUUGGAAUUUGAGAGUGGACACUUUGGUCAAAUGGUUUCAGAAUGACAAAACAAAUGUGAGACCAAUAAAUUUAGGACUAUUGUAUUUUCCUGAUCCCGACGAAACAGCCCAUAAUUUUGGUCCUGAUAAAAUUGAUGGAACUAUUACUGACGAAGUACAACAGAAAAUUUUUCAGCUUGAUGCUUCUUUGGGAUAUCUAAAGAACAAAUUGAACGAAUCAAAUCUAUGGGAUGAGAUGAAUAUUAUAAUAACUUCUGACCAUGGCUUCACAAAUCUUCUGUCUUUGGAAAAUGGACAGAUUAAUUUAGAUAAAUUUAAUAUUGAUAGAAAAUUUUAUAAAACCGGAAGUGACAUGAAAAACCAUCUUGUGAUGAAUUUAGAGCCUGCUGAAGGAACCGAUGUAGAAAAAUUAUUUCAAAAUUUAAGUGUUAUACCAAAGAUGAAUGUAUACAGAAAAUGUGAUGAUAGUUUGAAAAAAUUGCAUUAUUGCCAGAACAGAAGGAUCAUGCAGUUUGUUCUAGAAGCAGAAGAAGGAUAUUUCAUAGGCAACACUGACACCUUGAAAAAUAUUUCAAAAGGUGGCCAUGGCUACGACCAAAACAAAGUGCCAAAUAUGCGACCUUUCUUCAUCGCCUUUGGGCCAGCAUUUAGAAAAGGAAUCAUUUCAGAGCACUUUGAGUCCGUCAAUAUAUAUCCACUAAUGUGUCAUAUACUUGGGAUACAUCCAGCUCCAAACAAUGGAUCUCUAGACAAUGUACGCCAUCUUUUAGUUCAACAAUCUUUUAUUCGGACGGAAACGGUUCAGCUUACACUGAUUACUUUUUUAGUGGUGGUCGUUUUUGUUACAUGCAUUGGUGGUCUAUAUUCAAUCGGAGCAUUUUAUCAGGUAAGACGCCACCAACGGAAGAGAAAAAGAGGCGGUCAGGAAUAUAGAAAAUCAUUACUCAAAGACGACAAAGACGAUGAAGAAAGUUGCGAUGAACUUUAGAUGACAAACUGUUAUUGACAAUAGACACUUUUUGUUUAAAGUAACAACUGUAGUUAUAGAUAAGUGCGUUUGACGGAAUAGUUUACUACAUGUUAUUUUCUCUCCCUCAAACAGGUGUUGUCAAAACGACAUGUUAGAAUUAUUGAAUAUAAAUCGAAUGAAUACGAAUUGGUUAAAAGUUGGUGUUUAACGCCCCUUUCAGCACUAUUAGCUAUAUCACGGAGAAUCGUUUUAUUCUGGAACCAUGGGUAGAUUAUAAAAAAAAAGCACGUUAUCUAAGGAUAAGUAAUGUUUGCUCUCGUAAUGAUGAAGAUGAUGAAUAAAAUUCUUAUUCUAUUGCAAAACAAAUAAAAAUGUAAGAAACAAUCUUUUGUCUGAUCUUGAUUCUCAAAAACACGGACCUCUUGAAUUCCGCUUAAAAUGAUACUAUGUACUAUGAAUCCAAUAAAAUUUCAAUAGGAUCAAAGUCUGGGUUCCUUUUUAAAACAGUCAAUUGAACUAUUAAUAAAAGGAUUGUUGCUAAAUCUCUUGUAUAUAAAAAUAAGGAGAUGCGGUAUGAUUGCCAAUGAGACAAGUAUCCACCAAAGUUCAUGACAAAUGAAGUGGAUGUAAGCAAUUAUAGGCAACCGUACGGCCUUCAACAACGAGAAAAACCCAUACCGUAUAGUCGGCUAUAAAAGGCCCCGAUAUAUAAAAUAUGAAACAAUAUGUACAUGUGUGUAUAUGUUUUAUGUAAUAUGCGAUAUUUUCAUAGGCUGUUCGAUGCUUUCACUACAAUAAAGAAGAUAGGAAAACUUCAAAAUAUGUAAUCUUGUUGUCUAGCUGUUUGUAUUAAAUGAUACUUAUUCAUUAAAAAUCAUGUGGGUUUAAAGUCAACCAGAACAUAAUAAAAAGGAUAUCUACAAGUCAAAGUAAGGUCAAGAACAGUACACACAUGAUUUAAGCUGGUUCUCUCCCUUGCAACAUACGGGUAUCUGAGACACCCGUGUUGUCAAGUAAAGCUGUCGGAGCCAAACAGAUAAAGGACAUGGAACGAGCCUAUAAUGGUUUAAUUUUACAAAUUGUGACUUGGAUGGAGAGUUGUCUCAUUGGCACUCAUACCACGUCUUCUUAUAUCUACUAACCAAUGUCUACACUAAAUGUCAAACUCGAAAUGAGACUGACAAGUUGGUUAAAAAUUUAUAAAACUACUAUAAAGUAUCAACACCAUAUUUAUUUAAGGAAUUUUUCUUUACAGUGGUGGAUCCCGGGGGGGGGGG